AUGUCGACGCUGCCCGGUCCGCCGAGGGAGGUGCGUGUCGCGAUCGUGGGCUCCGGCCUCACAGGCCUCGUCGCUACCUACCUUCUCACGGCUCCACAUGCGUCGCUCCAGCACGUCAAAGUCAAUGUCGAGAUCUUUGAGCGUGCUUCGACGCUAGGAAUGGACAGCGCCAGCAUAUCGGUCCCUCUGCCUCUCUCACCACCUCCCCAGCCCGAGGCACCGCAAAUAGAACCUGUGGACCCCACUGGACCACAUGGCGACGACGAUAGACGGGAUGAAUCGCUGCUGCGCUCUCGAAAGCGUCUCAAGCUGCAGACGCGACCAAACAAUGUUGCCGACUCGACGCCGCGACGUUCCUUGCGCAUCGAUGUCCCCAUGCGUGCCUUCACCGGCGGGUACUAUCCUCAGCUGCUUGCUCUCUAUCGCCACCUCGGAAUCAGGACCAAACCGACAAACUUCACCUAUUCUUUUGCUACACUUCCAGCCACCCUUUCCUUACCUGCAUCUGCAUCUGCAUCGCUUUCGCCGCCUUUGACCGCAUCCUCUUCGGCAACACGGUCGUCUACACCCGACUGGCAAUACACGACCCAACACAAGUUCACCAAUCAACGGUCAUCUUCGACCUGCCCUCUGGAUGCAGCAGAACGAAGCACGGGCUCAGCACCGUCACCGAGUGUCCUUUACAACGGCGCCAACGGCUUCCGCGGUGCCAGUCUCCCAGCCGACCUCGGCCGUCCACGUCUGUCCAGCCCAGUCAAGGUAUCCAGCAUCCUUGCCCACAUUGACGACCUCCGCAAAUAUUUUUCAACGCUUCUCUUGCUCGUAUUUGGAUAUCUGCAGUUGCUCGUCGUCGCACUGUGGCAUCACUAUCUUGGGCAUACUUGCGAUCCGGCGCAUCCACUUCGCUCCUAUACCCUCCGCGAUCUCGUCGCGGAUCCGUUUCCCGCGCGACCAUCGCCACCGCAAAAGACCUCGUCCCUUUCGCUGAAAGCUCGGUCUUUGCUUUUCCUCGAGCGCUCAGCGGAGCACGUGUUGCGCAGAUUCGUGUGCCUCGAUGAGCGCUUCGCGCAGCAGACUCUGACGCCAUUGUUCAGUGCCGUCAUGACAUCGUCGCUCGAGUCUGUAUGGGGCUCUCCGGCCUCGGAAGUGCUCGACUAUGUCGCCUUGACUCUGGGCAAAGAUCACUUUGUCGUCAGGGACGGCGUGCGGACCGUCGUCGCUUCGCUCUUACAGCACGUCGAUCAAUCCCAACCCGAAGUGCAGUCGGAGCCAUCCAAGGACGGCGGUAGUAGAGUAUGGACGAAUGCAGAAGUACGUCAUGUCGGCUCGCAAGACGGCAAGGUAUGGAUCGAUGCCAUCCAUCAUCCUUGCGCCACCAGUCCACGCCAGGAAAUGACGCCUGACAUGUCGCGACAACCCUCCUCCACUUCGACGGAUCGAACGCUGUGCGGCGAUCAAGACCAUCUGCAGCGUCACGGACCUUUCGAUCAUGUCAUCUUUGCCACGCAGGCCAACCAGACGGCGCAGUUCUUGCAGCAGUACGUCGAGAGUCUUUCGGCGACGGUCGAGGGCGUCGACAAGCAGGAACGCGACAAGGUGGUGAGGUUGAGAGACGUGAUCGAUGUGCUGUCUACGUUCAAGUACGAGAGGAGCGUGGUGGUGAACCACACGGAUCGAGCGCUGCUGCCGAGACACAAGGCUGAUUGGAGGGAUUUGAACCUCGUCUCGCCAACUCAGCCGACGGAAAGGAGGAAGGAUGGAGACUCGGAGUGGAUCGAUGAAGAGCAAACGCUGGAUGGGAAUUCAUCCCAAGACACGCUACUGUCCAACUCGUGUCCCACCAAACCGCGCUCAAAGACAGGCUCGACCAUGGCAACGCACGUGCUGACACUGCCACCUGAUGCAGCUGCCCAGCAGGACUUGCUGGUCAUGCAGACCACCAACCCACUCCCAUCUCUCCACCCACAUCCAUCGACCAUCCUCUCCUCCUCCACAUUCGAACGAGCGGUCAUCGAUGUCGAAGCGCAUCUCGCACGGCAGAGCCUGUUCCACCUUUCGCAAGCCACUCGCACCAAGCAGGGGGUUUCGGUUGAAACUGCCGGGGGAAGAAAGCUCAGUUUGGGCACGCUGCAGCAGCACAAGCGCGGGGAAAGGAAGCGCGACGAGGCAAGGGUGUGGGUGUGUGGAAGUUGGGCGGUGGGCAUUCCGUUGCUGGAAGGAUGUGUGGUGUCGGCGAGGCUGGUUGCGGAGGAGAUCAUGAGGGGGGAGGGCGUGCAGGUGGAUGUGAGGUGGUGA